AGCAGAGCAACAAGCGCAGCAAUACCGCAAGGCUAUGACAUGACUAUGGGGAAUUUAGACUCGUCACUAGGAAUGAUCAAUUUGUUUGUUUUUUUACACUGGCAUUCACUGUAACAUAUUUCAAAAAAUUAAAUGUGAAGGUUUGGACUGGAGUUUACAAACUAUAACAGGGUCGGUGGCAGCUCCGCAUGACGUCAGAGGCGCGGGUGUGCUGAACAGUUCUCAGAAUACAAUUCUUGGAAUUGGCGAAUUUUAAAAGCCAAGCCCGCAGUCUUUCCUUCACACGCGCAGAACCCAUUCUAGUGGCAACACUCAUCGCACUGCUGCUCUGUAUUCUCUUUGUCUAAAUUAUACAUUUAUUAUGUUGCUUUUGAAUUAGUUAAUUACAGACAGUCUAUUAACAUAUGGGAUAUUCGGACGCAACUUCUCUAUUCACUGAACAGAUGCGUGGGACAUUCAGAACAAAAUGAACACAUUCCUUUGUUUCGACCGGCUUAUUUUCGUUAAACCGCUGUGGAAUUAGACUAGUAUGGGAUAUUGAAGACUCACCAUCAUGAUUCUUUGUGUUCAGGGCCCUAGACCACUGCUGUCUGGUACACCCACAGAGGGCCACCUAGGAAUGCGGACAGGGAGCGUCUCCUCCCCUCACUGCAUUCACAGCACCUCUCCGCAGUGGGACCCCACAAAAGACCUGCGCACCAUCACCAACAACACAUUCUACCUUGAUACCUCAGGCUGGUACUGGGGAGCCAUCACAGCAGGUCAGGCCCAUGCAGCUCUGCAGGCAGCGUCAGAAGGGGCCUUUCUGAUUCGAGACAGCAGCCAUCCCCUGUACAUGCUGACCCUGUCUGUUAGGACUGCCCGUGGCCCUACCAGUAUACGCAUCCAGUACAGUGGAGCCCGGUUUCUGCUAGACUCCAGCUCGCCAGCCCGACCCAGCCUUCUGUCCUUCCCUGAUGUGCCUAGCAUGGUGCAGUAUUAUGUGGGACCAGGGAGGAAGGUUCAGCAGGGGAAGGUAGAGGAAACUCAUGGUGGCAAGCCUGCCCAGAGGACACUUCAGGAGAGCACAGUACUGCUGAAGCUCAAGCGGGCCCUGCACAAGCCCCAGGCCUUCCCCUCCCUACAGCACCUUGCACGCCUCACCAUCAACUGCAGCACAGACUGUCCUGACCAACUGCCGCUGCCACGCCCACUGGUGCGCUUCCUGCAGGACUACCCCUUCCAGGUAUGAGGGUCCUGUGAUCUACACCCCUAUGGAGGGCAGAGCUGAAUUAAACUAAACCGUUCAACUAAAUCUCUAGGAGCGCUGUCAGAAAUUGGUCCCUGGCAGCUGGAAACCACAUUACUGCACUGGUCAGUAAUAAAGCCACAUCGGACAAAUGGUUGGUCAUGAGACCAUGUCUGGGAAAGAACCUUUCAGAAAAUGGUGUCUCGUUUUUGUAUUUCUCAGAGGGGGAAGUGGAGUUCUGCGAACCCCGCCGCAUGAGAUUCACUGGAAAACAAAACGUGGUGCGAACUGUAGUGUAUCCCCGUGCUAUGGGGGAUAUGCUCCCCACCCUCGUGCUGUGGGGGAUAUGCUCCCCACCCUCGUGCUGUGGCAGUGAAUUGUUUUCCAGUGAGAUGCAUUUUCAAUGUUUUAUUUUGGUCCUUUUUUACAUAUCUGUACAUAUCCCCUUUUCUAUAAAAAAUAAUAUUCAACAUGA